AUGAUUGACCAGCAACUGCCUGAGGGAUGGGAGCCGGUGGCGAUGGAAAAUGGCCAGGUCUACUAUUACAGCAAGGCGUUGGACCGGACCCAGUGGGAACGGCCGACAUCAGCGAACGCUAGUAGCACGGCAAGCACUACUCCCAAUGGUGCGAUGAGUAGUUCGCUGGGUGUGGACCUGGAGUCGCAGCAGAAGUUGGGCACGCGGUUGGCGAGUGCUUAUUGCGACAUUUCAGACGUAGAGCUGCAGAGCCGUUUGCUGUGCCCACUGACCCCCCACCAAGCUCUCAUGGGUGCCAGCGACACAGCCCUCGCAGACCUCAUGGAACGUCCCGACUUCAUCGGCCCCUUCUGGGUCUGUGUUACCGUCGGGCUUACUGCCUUCGCAUCUAACCAUAUCGAACAAUGGCUCUACAGCAGAGACGUCGUACACACCUACGUGGGUACGCUCCCCUUCGCCUGGUGCCUGCUCAUAUUCUGGUGCGUCAUCUCCCCCCUCGUGCUCCGAUACCUCUACCACUCCGCGAACCAAAAUUCGAACGAUUUCAACUUGCCCGUCGGGCUAUUUAAACUUGACUCGCUCAUUUGCGCCUACGGCUACUCACUCGUUACUGCCAUACCCGCUCUGCUGCUAGCCUCCGCACCCUCAGUCGUGCUCCGGAUUACCUUCCUACUCGCCUCCAUGCUCUGUGGACUGGCCUUCCUAACAGCUUGCCUCAAAAAGUAA